AUCUUUUUGAACGUCGCUUUUGCCAUCGCGAUAGCUAUGGCCAUCGCACGCUCUGUUUUGCCAGUUAUUCCGUUGCUUAUGCUUAUGCGGCGCCACGAUUAUGGCCAUCUACCUUCAGCAUCCCAUAUUAUACAAACUGCAGCUUCAUCGUCACCGCUCAUGAUGAAUCAACGUGAUCAUUGGGAUCGUGAAUAUGAUUAUAUUAUUGUAGGAGGUGGUUCUGCCGGUUCGGUACUGGCCAACCGAUUAUCUGAAGAUGCUUAUGUUAAAGUUUUGUUACUCGAAGCUGGUGGCAGCGAAAACAUAAUUUCGGAUAUUCCGUUAGCAUACCAAAGUUUGCAACAAACACCUAUGGACUGGAAAUAUGUAACCGAACCACAACAGGCAGCAUGUUUUGGACUUAAUUCCAGGCGAAGCCUCUGGCCUCGUGGCAAAGUUCUUGGUGGUUGCAGUGUUCUAAACGUUAAUCUUUAUGUUCGUGGCAAUCAAAAUGAUUAUGAUGGAUGGGCUAACCAAGGUGCUACCGGUUGGUCAUGGAGUGAAGUGUUUCCAUAUUUCCUUAAAUCCGAAGAUAAUCAGGAUAAGGAAUAUCUGUUAAAUGGUUAUCAUGCUCGUGGUGGCUAUUUGACGGUAUCACAGCUCAAAUUUUUGACACCAAUCGGUCAGGCAUUUAUACGUGCAGCUCAAUAUAUUGGUUAUCCGGUUGUCGAUGUGAAUGGCCCAUAUCAAAGUGGUUUUACUGUACCUCAAGGUACGAUUCGUAACGGAGCAAGAUGUUCAGCAGCCAAAGCGUUUCUUAAGCCUGUACAGCAUCGAUCCAAUUUACAUCUGCUGACAUUUUCGUUUGUCACUCGGAUCUUAUUCAAUGAACAAAAAAGAGCAGUCGCUGUACAGUUUGACAGAUUUACGCUUAGUCAUCUGGUUUACGCACGCAAAGAAAUCAUCGUUAGUGCUGGUUCUAUUAAUUCACCACAAUUGCUCAUGCUUUCUGGAUUAGGACCCGCUUCUCAUCUUGAAACACUUGGUAUUUCAGUCAUUUCAGAUCUUCCAGUUGGUUCUAAUCUUCAGGAUCAUAUAUAUUCUGGUGGCAUUCAUUUUGCUGUCACUCAACCAGUAACACUUAGCCAAGAACGAACGUUUAAGCCUACCAAUAUAGCCAAAUAUUUUACUAGUGGAACAGGUCCGUUAACCUCGUUAGGCGCUGUUGAAGGACUUGCUUUUGUAAGCACUAAAUUUGUCAACGGAAGCAAAGAUUGGCCAGAUUUUGAAAUUCAUCUUUCUUCGGCCACCAUUACCACCGAUAAUGGUAAAUUCAUGCGUAAAUAUAUGGGUGUUACUGACAAGGUUUGGCAACAAGUGUACGCUCCGUAUGCUCAAUACGAUUCUUUUACAUUGGAUCCAGUACUGCUAAGGCCUCGAAGUCGUGGCUAUAUUCGACUUCGAUCAAACAAUCCAUACGAACAUCCGAUUAUUGAUCCUCGUUACCUUAGUGCACCCGAAGAUAUUUUCACUAUGGUUGAAGGUAUGAAAAUGGCGAUCGCUAUCGGUCAAACACCACCUUUGAAACGUUAUGGAGCCUAUCUUUUUCAAACUGUAUUUCCAGGCUGUGAAGGCUAUUCGUUUAUGGGUGAUGAAUAUCUAGCUUGCGUAGCUCGAACUUAUACGGCAACUAUUUAUCAUCCAGUUGGUACUUGCAAAAUGGGAGCUAUUGAUGAUAUCACAUCAGUAGUCGAUCCACGUCUUCGGGUAUAUGGUGUUUCUAAUCUUCGGGUAGUUGAUGCUUCUAUUAUGCCCAACAUAGUUUCGGGCAAUACAAACGCACCAGUUAUUAUGAUUGCCGAAAAAGCUUCCGAUAUGAUUAAACAAGAUUGGAUUGGAUAUUAGAUUGAAUUUGGAUAGCCAAAAAUCAUUGUCAUUGUAAAUAUUUCCAUAUUAGCAACGUGUGAUGUACAGUUUACCUCACUAUUUGACCACCAUUAUUAUAACCGCCGGAUAUGAUUUGUUGAUAAAUAAAUUUGAAAAAAGCUUUAAAAACCUAAACCCAGUUGAUCAUUUUUUUUGUUGGUCAAAAACUGUUGUUUGUUUGAUCAAUCAAUUGGCAUGACUUGGGUACAUUUGUCAUAUAUCAUUUAUGUCGUCGAUGUGUGUAUUUUU